CCCCGCAUCCUGUACGCGUCAAUCGUCAAUUCUCUCUCUCUCUCUCUCUCUCUCUCUAUCUCUAUCUCUUGCUCGCUGUGGGAGCACUAUAUAUCUUCGCUUCAACGUCUCUUCUCCGCCAAACGUUCGAAUUUCUCCAUAGGGGAACGCCAAACUCCAAAGGCACUGAGUUCCUUUUUGAGUCAUUUCAUUCUCGAGAGUUGAGCAACUUAAGAGCCCAGAAGAAAAGAGGAAAGAAAAUGAAGGGAGGAUUGGUUGUGGAUAGUGGGUUUAUAUACGAAGAGGAGAAGCAUCUCACUGUGCUUAAAACCUCUUUGUUCUUUGCUAAUGAUGGCUUCACAGCCUAUGAUUGCCAAGGCCAGUUAGUCUUCCGAGUUGAUUCCUACGGCCCUGAUGCCCGUGAUACCGGUGAAGUCGUUCUCAUGGACGCCCAUGGCCGAUGUCUUCUCACUGUGAGAAAAAAGAGACCAAGUCUACAUCACCGAUGGGAAGGUUACAUCGGAGAAAGAACAGAGGGACAGAAACCGAUCUUCAGUGUGAGAAGAUCAUCAAUAAUCGGACGGUGCAGCGUGGCCGUAGAUGUAUAUGACAAUCCAGGAGAAGAGUACCAGAUCGAAGGUUCCUUCGCCAACAGAUGCUGCACAAUCUUGAAUACAGAGAAAGUAUCAGUGGCUGAGAUAAGACGCAAAGUAGAUGCCUCCACUAACGUGGUGCUUGGCAAAGACGUUUUCUCUCUCUGCAUAAAGCAAGGAUUUGAUGGAGCGUUUGCCAUGGGAUUAGUUCUAGUUCUUGAUCAGAUCAACGGUGUUGAUACCGUGGAGGACGGGACCGAGGUGUACCCGGCCUCAGAGGAAUAAUGACGGUGAAUAAUUUUGGGGGGGUCUGUGAUGUGAGUGGUGGACUUGUCUCUUGAUGGGGAAACCACUUGUGAUUGCCCUUAAACCUUUUCGUGUAUUGUACUGAUUGUUUUUUUCGGAAUGAUCAAAACGACAUGUGUAAGUGUAAUACACUCUAGAAAGAGAAGUUGACAAGAGUUCAGAGAUGAGCUAGCUUGAGAGUUGAGCUCUUCCCAAGACCUUGUUUGUCCAUAUGGAAAUAAUAAUAUUAAUAUCCUUUUAAUUUUAA